UGUGUUGAUGAAUGGUUUGUUGUCAUGUAAUUGUGUUUGUUCUCAGGGCCUAAGUGGAUUGGAUGGGUUGCUAGGUGUUGAGGGUAAUGAAGGAGAUCCGGGGAACAUUGGUUUCAGAGGAGCUCCUGGAACACCAGGAAGGCCUGGAGAAACUGGGAAACCUGGAUCUCCUGGGAUCAGAGGAAACAUUGGAUCACCAGGCUUCAAGGGCAAAGCUGGACCAAAAGGAAAACAAGGCCCCCCUGGACCAAUGGGGCCAAAGGGUAUCCCUGGACUGAGAGGAGAGAGAGGCCGGUCUGGAAGAUCUGGUUCAAAGGGUCUCCCAGGUGACACAGGGAUUCUGGGACCAAUCGGGCCACCUGGGCUUAAGGGGAAUCCUGGUUUACAGGGACUUAAAGGUCAAAGAGGUCCUGGAGGAAAGCAGGGGAAUACUGGUCCUUCUGGUCCACCUGGGCAGAAAGGCUUGUUUGGACUCACUGGCCAGUCUGGAAAGAAGGGAAUGAAAGGCGUCCAAGGCAGAAGAGGACAAAAGGGAGUGGAGGGCAAGCGUGGACCUCCAGUAAGAAGUUUUUUGAUAUUUGAAAUGUGGUGCAGUGAGGUUUAG